AUGACCAAAUCAUUGGAGAAGAAAGGUAAAUCAUUGGUGGAAGACUUACAACUACUAGACCUGCAAGUAGAGAAUGUGGUGCUCGAUAAAGAGGAAUACGACAAAUCAGAGUAUAGCAUUGGGCAGAUAUCGAUAUAUGUCAAUAAAAACCAUGCGGCUUCAACUCAGACUGGAAAACGUUACACUGGAGCAGCUUCCCAGUUUAGUAAAGGUUCUGGGGGAUUUACAUUUACAAAACCUAUCGCUUAUAAACCAGUUGUUCCACUUCCGGAUAAGAUCGAGGUGAAAACGGGCGAAGAGGACGAAUCAGUUUUGUUUGAACACCGGGCCAAGCUGUACAGGUUCGACAGCGGGGAGUGGAAGGAACGUGGACUGGGCAAUGUGAAGAUACUGGAGAACAGACUGACGAAGAAGAUCCGCAUCAUGAUGAGGCGGGAGCAGGUCCUGAAGCUGUGCUUGAACCACAUGAUAACCUCCGACCUCUAG